AUGGUAGAGCAGGCCCAGUUAAGAGCCGGUGUGGUUGAGGAGGACACCGAGGAGUGGCAGAAAGAUUCACGUUUUACAGGACUGGAGAGAGUGGGAGGUGUGGACUUAUCUUACAUCAAAGGAGAUGACACCAGCGCCUGCGCUUCCCUGGUCGUUCUCAGCUACCCGGCUCUUGAGGUGCUGUACGAGGAUUGCCGGAUGGUGGCUGUGAGCGCCCAGUACGUGGCAGGAUUCUUAGCCUUCCGAGAGCAUCGCUGUUUGCUUAUUGGAGUGGCUCUCAGCGUACAGAAAAUGACGUUUCUUUUUUGGCUUUUUCAGGUACUUCUUGUAGAUGGGAAUGGCCUGCUCCAUCCCAGAGGAUUUGGUGUGGCCUGUCACCUCGGAGUCCUGACGGAUCUACCAUGCAUUGGAGUGGCCAAGAACCUCCUGCAGGUGGAUGGCUUGGUCAGGGAUGAGCUGCACAGAGAGCAGAUUCGUUCCCUGCAGAGGGAAGGAGAUACGUUCCCACUAACGGGCACUUCGGGGCGAGUCCUGGGCAUGGUCCUGCGUAGCUACAACAACAGCUCUAAGCCGCUUUAUAUUUCUGUGGGUCACAGGGUGUGCCUGGAGACAGCCGUGCGUCUAGUCAAGUCCUGCUGCAGGUACCGGAUCCCAGAGCCCAUCCGUCAGGCUGAUAUUAGAUCGAGGGAGCAUAUUCGGAAGCAGCUGUGUUCACCACUGGAGGUCAUAUCUUCUGGGCCAGAGAGCAGAAAAAAGGAGGCUGAACUGGAUGAUUAGUCUGAUGCCAGAAGAAACUGCAGGGCUCCUCUUCACUGGAUCCUCUCCUCCACCAAGGCUGUGGUUCUGUCGAGUGCAGCAGCCGAGUGCCAG